GAUUUGACAACAGAAUGGCGGCUUUGGAACACGUUUUAAUAUUAGCCCUUUCCUUCGUUACUUUGACGAAUGCGGAAAGUCCUUGCACGCGAUCGCGAGUUUUGCACCACCUGAUGAAUUGUGAAGAUGAAAACCUGACAACUGUACCAACAGGCCUACCAAUGGACAUGGAAACCCUGGACCUCAGACGCAACCACAUCAAGACUCUCUUGUCGAACAACUUUGUAAAUUACUCCAAGUUAUCAAACAUCUAUCUGUCUGGAAACAAAGUGGCAGAAAUACACCAAGACGCCUUCAAUGGGCUUACGAAACUGGAAACCCUACAGCUUUCUGACAAUUUUUUACGAACGUUUCCAUGUCGCGCGUUGGAAGAGCUAACAGCUCUACGUACUCUAAAGCUUGACAACAACACAAUUGACUUGAUUCCUACAAACUGUACUUUACCAGCGCUUACGUUUAUAGACCUAUCAAACAACAAUCUCCAAACUCUACCAGAAUCCUUUUGCUCGUUUGGCGAAACAACGAAAUUGAGUUUUGACGGAAACCCAUGGCGAUGUGACGACUCGCUCCUCCCCCUUCUGCCAUGUGAGCAGGUCAGCAGCAGAAUAAAGUGUACCGUGCCGUUCAACAUCUCCGGUGCCAUCUUGAGCACUCUCUCUCCCAACCAGCUUGUACAUCAUGCAGACAUCAAUGUUACCAUCACGGGAAGGUCAACCGUUCUCAUCGGCGAGUCGGUGAACUUGUGGUGUAACGUCGAAGGUACACUUCAGGGCACAUUACCCUGGGGAAAGAUACAAGACGCUGAUGAGAAAAGUUUCUAUCGAGAGGGACAUAGCCUUGUACUAAGAGAUGUCUCUAAGGCAGAUGCAGGGGUAUACAUCUGCGAAGUCUCCGUUGGCAACACUAAGGCUUGGGGAAACGUAAGACUAAAAGUGCUCGCUGUUGAAACAUCCUUCACAACCUUACAACCAACAACGGUCAAACCCUCCGAGGUGACAGGGACAGUGGCAACAACAAAAGUCCCUAUAGCUAAGACAUUAACAGGCAAGACAGCAAUUCUGAUCACUUCAAUACCAGAAGUUAACAUGACUGUUCAAAGUCGUGUUGCGGAGGGACAAGACCUAGGUUGGCAGCUGAUAGUCAUAAUCUUCGCAGCGGUCUUCAUAGCGUUGAUCGUUGCAUGUCUGGCACUGAUGGCAUGGAGGAAGCUGCGAUGGGGAAACAAUCUGCAACAGUACGAGGGCCCCAUCCCUAUCGUCGUGGUGGACUCUCCAACUCCGCGUGAUAACUCUGACGGCUUCUUCAUGGAGGAAGAACAACUUUACGAAGGAGAACAAUACGGGUCCAGGCAAUCUGUAGCCAGCUAUGAGUCUUACGGUAAUAAACACAAUAAUAACGGCGAUGAUGAGCUUAGCGAUGAAGUUGACAACCCUGGGUCGCGAGGACGCUUGGGCGUUACAAGGAGUAUUCAAGACGAAAGAUACCCUAAAACGCAGCUUGAAGAUGAACAAGAACAGUUGAUAGAUCGAAGUCAAUCGAAGGAAAGAAGGAGUGUAGAAAGUUUGCGGAGCGGUGCCUCGAGUAGAACGUCUAGAAACUCAAGACGGAGAAAUACUCGUCGGAGAGGGGAGCAUGAUAGUAGAGAGCGGGUACGAAAACGUCCAAGAGACAACGCGGACAACGUCUCAGCGAGUACGCAGAGCUCACGACUCUCCACAGCUACUCGAUCUAGUCGGGGUUCGAGACGUUCCAGACGGAGACAAAAGCCGUCGUCUCUGGUUCCUGAUGUCCUCGUCACAGAAAAUGAAGACAAUGAAGGAGAAGAUGGCGUUGACGGAAAGGCGGGUACGAAGAAGACGAUCGCGUCCGAAAGAGACCUUUGGAGCAGAUGGAAUCCACAGAGACAGUCAACGUCUAGAAGGGACGUGAAGAGUAGAGCCGGGGGGAGGGCCAUCGCAACCGGAAGGGGCGCGGAAACAUUUGAUUUGAGGAACGCUACGCCACCGGAACAGGCUAUGAACGAUUCAUUUGAGCUUCAAGACUUUUCAAAAACCCGUCCAUCAAAGAAACAAACCUCACAGCGCUCCCUAUCGGACGGAAAGAGAAGUACAAGACGUCCAAAGCGUGGUCGCGAAGACGAUGACAGUGGAAAAGGAUCAUCUAAAGAAAUCUGACAACUGUUUAGCUGUAAUAUUAGGGCAGGGUUAGCCCAGUAUUAACCCUUAUCUUAGAUUUGGUGUCAAUCUCCUACGCUCAUAAAAUUAUAACUGAUAGUAUAAAACAUGCUAUAAAGGAUAUGCAGGGUUUAUUUAUUAAACAACUUCGUAGAUAAUAUAUAAUUCUUAAUUCGAACAUCUUUUUUGUAAAGUGCAUUUCAAGAAUAUUUUUUGUUACAUGGAUUAUGUUUAUCCUAAUCUCCAAGCAAAUCUGUUGGUGGCAAGGAAGCGUCUAAAAUACCAACCAGUAUGUAUCAAUACUCAAGGCUUUCAAAUGAAAGUAUCCAACAGGCCUGUCGGACACUGGUUUUCCCUUUGGACAUCUACUUGGAGAUAAGUCUUGUACAACCAAAUCAAGAAAUUAAAUUAUUUUAUUGUGUAUUAAUCAUAAACGUCAAGUACAAAUGUGUAAAUUUUCAAGUUUAUGUGUGGAUUUGAUUAGACCAGUUGUCUUUCCUCAUUCAGGCAGGGAAAUUCAUGGUCUGUAGAGCAUGUGUAUAGUGACGAUGGCAAUACUUUAAGAGUUACAAUUACAUUGUAUAGAAAAUAAAUCUGUACAUUUGUUAUAUAUUGUCACUGUGUUUCUUGUAUUAUAUAAUCUGGACUUCUUUCCCAAUUUGAGAAUGUAAUAAAAACUGGAGUCACAAGGAGAAUAACUAAAAUAUACUUGAAUUCGAAUGAUUUCAUUCAUUCGAAUAAAUAAUAAUG